CCCGCACGUGGUCCAGAUCACAUUGUCAACCUUCCAUCUGUCCAUCACCACCACUCAUAUUCCAUCUCCCACCUCCCCCCAUGGAUACUUCCCGAGACGUCCCAGACAUUCUUAUCGUGGGUGCUGGCAUCUUCGGGGUCAGCGCAGCCUACCAUCUUGCUCUGCAGCUCGAGCGACCGUCACAGAUCGUCCUAUUAGAUCGCGCCGCCCCGCCAUCCACCCCCGCGGCUUCUACCGAUAUAAACAAGAUCAUUCGUGCCGACUACACCAAUCCUCUCUACGUCGCUUUGGGAUUCGAAGCUAUUGAACAGUGGAAGUCGCUGCCGUUCUUCCAAGAUGCACAAGUCUACCACCCCUCGGGAUGGAUCGCCUUGGAGGAAAAAGAUAGCGAUGUCCCCGCAUUGAUAAGGAAAAACUUCCGCGAUUAUGGUCGCGCCGAUGUCAUCGAAGAAUGGUCCGAAGAGAAAGUCCGUCACGCAUGGGGUGGACUACUCGAGAAGACAGACUGCUCCCCGUUUGGCUCAUACUACUAUAAUUCCUCUGCUGGCUGGGCGGACGCGGGAAAAGCAUUGCAACUGAUGGCACAAGAAGCGAUCAAGCUGGGUGUCCGAUAUGAGGUUGGGGAGGCACGCAGAAUCGUUCGUGACGAGAAUGGCGUCAGUGGUGUUAAAACAGCAGACGGUACCAUCUACCAUGCUCGAAAGGUCUUGCUGGCCACUGGGGCAUGGACAAGUCAGCUCAUGUCCUCAGUGGAGGAUGACUUGGACCUGCCGGAGCCAGACCGAGUAGAGCAGCAGGUAUCAGCAGCGGGGGUAACAGUCUCGCACUUUCAACUCUCGGAGGAGGAGAAAUCCCGCUAUUCGGAGCUGCCGGUGUUUGUCUACGGAGGAGAAGGCGAGGUGAUCCCUCCCACUGCAGAGGGAAUCCUCAAGUUCACUACCGCCGCUUCUUUCAGGAACACCAUUCGCACUGCGUCUGGACAUGAGAUUUCGGUGCCGCUGGUAGAUCAAGUUCAUGUGCCUGAAGCAUUGCAGGAAGAUCAUCUAGGCGCCAUUCGACCUCGUUUGCCACAGUUCCUUGAAGACCAUCCCCGUCCCGACUACUGGCGCAUAUGCUGGGAUGCAAUCUCGCCCAGCCAGCAUCCGCUAAUUACCCGCCAUCCAGACGAUCGACUAUCCAACUUGUAUUUCGCAGUAGGGGGAUCAUUCCACUGCUACAAAUUCCUCCCGACCAUUGGCAAAUACGUGGUUAACGUGUUGCACGGGGUGUCGAAUGGACGCGAAAAGGACGAGGCCUGGACAUGGAAAGAGCAUCAUCCAGAUGAAAGAGGAGUGCAUGCGCGAUUGGUCCCGGUGAGAGAGAUUCGAGAUGUCGUCUAGAACAUAGUACAUGGAUGCAGCCUGGUGUUUGCCUAAAUCGUAACCAGCGGCUCAGGCUUCCGCGGGCGGACAAGCUUGAACCAGGAGAAACAACUCUUCACCGAGAAAGGUAUAUAUCACACUGCAUCAUCCCCUUUGCGUGCAUCACAGCGACCAAAAAGGAAGUCCUUUGAUGAUUUGUCACCACUAUUUCCUCCGAUCUACGCCCCACCUAGCCACGAGAUAAUGCACAAUGCCAUGGUAGCCAACUAGACAUCAAGACACUUAGAUAGCUAGGAACAGCAUCACACGUGUUACAUAGGGGAUAAAACAAAGUAACCGAUCCGUUGGGGCAAAACACUGGGUCAUUGCGAGACCUGGUGGGAACCGCAACGUUGAACCUCACAGAAUUAUGGAUCCUGACGAAGCUUCGCGACCCACUCUGUUCCAAACAUUCCU